AUGUUAUCAAUGAGUUUUAUCAUUUCAGAUAUGAUGCAUUCGAGGAGAGGACAGUAUCAAAUGCAAAACCAAGACUUGUUCAGAUAUGCACCAAUUACAAAAGCAUGGCUGUUGAUCACAUUACUCAGUUCCGUUAUCUGUAUGUAUUUAAGUAUUAAUGAUUUUGAUUUUUGGAUUGCUCCAUCAUUGGGAAAUAUCACCUCUAUUAAAGGCAUAAUUUCAUCAAAAUUAGUUUUUCGAACUCCUUCAUCACUUAUAAGUGGAUUGAUUGUGUUAUAUUACGGUCGAUUGGUGGAACGCCGCUUCGGUUCCUGCAAAUUUAUGAACUUCAUUUUAUUCAAUUCUCUUCAUGCAACCGCUGUAGAGAUGGCUAUUUAUUUUAUUCUUUCACGGUUUUAUGGUUACAUCCCAUCAACUAUGUAUUUUGUUAUUGGACCAUAUGAUUUGCUCACUGCACUCUAUCUAUCAUAUGUAAAGGAGAUACCAUUGGUUCCGUAUGCCAGUAUAUUUGGCUUAUCAUUAUCAGUGCACAGCUUUCCGUUCAUUAUGUUUAUUCAGCUUCUUGCAUUGUCGAAGCCGAUUUUGAUUGCAUGUGCAGCGGGUGCUUCAAGUGUUCUCUUAUAUCCACAACUGUUUGCAAAAGUUAAUUUCUUGCCGGAAUUUCUUGUUCAGUUGUCUCAGUCCGCUUCAAAUCCGAUUGGUUGGCUGUUUCAGAAAUUUGCCGCUUGCGGUGAAUUUGGAAGAGAGGGAAGUGUUUUACCGAUAGCAGCAACGAUUGAGAGACAGAGAAUAGAUAUUCUAGAUAACUACGAAAGGAGAUUAAUGUUUGGGCAGAUGCAGCGUAUUUACAGGAGUGAACGAGCUCUUCCUAGUGGCGGCCAACUUCAGUUUUUGAAUCGAUUGUUGAGCAGGGCAUCCAACGGGAGUGCACUGUCUAACGAAGAUCAAGUUCGUCAACUUGUGGAUAUGGGCCUUGGAUCUCGGGAAGAUGUCAGAGAAGCUUUACAGCAAUGUAAUAAUGAUGCUUCUGAAGCGGCUAAUUUAUUAUUGCAUAAUAGACUUGAACGUAGCUAA